GCGGCGCUGUGACGUCACGGCUACAGACAGCCGGAUGUGACGUGUAGAAAGAAACACUACGUGUGUUUAUAAAACACGAAUAAACCUGAAUAUAAUCUGAAAUAUGGCGCAUUUAACCACCAAUCCAGCGGCUAAAGAGAGGUUUCUGUGUAUAUAUCCAGCGUACAUCAACAGUAAAAAGACAUUAGCAGAAGGCAGGAGAAUACCUGUCGAGAAGGGUGUGGAGAAUCCGUCGUGUGCUGAGAUCUGUGAUGUGCUCAAAGCUGCUGGACUGAAUGUUGACAUUGAGAUUAAAAAGAUGUACCCGCGGGAAUGGAACAGGGAUGAUCAGUUCAGAGGACGAGUGAGAGUUCAACUGAAACUCGAAGAUGGACAUUUGUGCCAAGACAAAUUUACAUCUAGGAAAGAUGUGAUGUUUUAUGUGGCUGAAAUGAUUCCCAAACUGAAGAGCAGAAUGCAGAAGAGCGGCGGAGCUGACGCUGGAGCACAGCAGGGAGAAGGAGGGAAGAAAGGAAAGAAGAAGAAGAAGUAGAUGAUUCGAGAGCGUUUAUUUUCCAAAAGCUUCAAGACAACUCCGAUGACAGUGAUUUUGGUUCCCCUUCGAUUAAUCUUUAAUUCAGAAGAAUUAAAGAUGUGACAUCUCAGUAUAUUCAUAACAAAUACUUUUAUUUGCUGCUUAGUGGCACCUGAUGGACUUUAUUGUUCCAGAAAAUAUUUCAUUUCAAAAUGUGUUUGUUUUUAAUAUUUUAUGAUCUCAGACACUUUGGAGAGCUGUGUAAGGAUGGUGUUUAUUUUCAGUUAAAUGUUGGUGAUGGAUUACGUUUUAAUGAACGCUGACAGACCCUGAAAUGCAUUCACAGGUCGUGUGGCUGCAUCUUUCAGCACGUCUGUGAGACGCCAGCGUUGUAAGUGCAUUGACCUAGCAUGCAGGAUGAGCGUUUGACUGGCCUGUAACAGGCUGUGAAAUUCCAGCACUCGUGUCCUUCACAACACCUGUUCAUUACAGAAUCACACCGCAUGACUGCGAGCUGCUGGACAGGCUUUUAUUCUUAACAACAGCUACUGUAUGUUUCCAUCUGUCUUAAUGAAGGAUUAAACAGUCCAACAGUGAAAUAAAAGAGAAUCAAACUGA